CUAUGUGCAAGUAGUCCUUGGCCUAAAAAUCUGUAAACAAAUCAAACAAAGCCGAGCGAGAUAUUCAACGAGCAACAAGGUAAACUAUGAACUGGAAAUUUCUUAUUUGGUGCCUGCUCGGCUACUCUUUCGUUAUUGCGAUCGAGGCCAAAUGUCUGCGGGGCACAGGCCACAUGUGGCAGCAGAAGCCUCCCACUGGCACAGCCAGUUGCAAUCGACCGUCAUUACAGCCCGGCAAUGCAACGGCAAUGGGUAAGCCAGCUAGGUCUGCACUCGACAUGGCAGCAACUACAAUGGAAACAGCAUCAGAUCCGGAGGUUGAAGAAACCGUAGUAACUGCCCCUCCUGCGGUGAUUCUGGCCAACUAGGCCGAAUGCGCCAGCCGCCGGACGGCAAGCAGUUGCAGCAAGCAGCCGGAGCUAGUGCUGGAGCUGGAGCCGGAAUCGAAGCCGGAAUUCUUUGAAUCCGGUCCGGAGCCGGAGGUGCCUAAGCCCCGGACUGUUACACUGGCAGUCGGGGAACUGACAGUUUUCAAACCAACUGGGUGAGAUGGCUUCAUCAUGGGAUUAAUCUGGCUGCUGGGACGGGUGAUUUAAUCCUGAUAUAUACACAGACUGGCAUAUAUUUCAUAAGGCAAUAAAGUUAGCCAAGCCAA